UCACGUUUUGUUGAGUUCGGUUUGGUUUGCAUCUUAGUUUGCAUUUGUUAGAGGUUAGAAUUUGUGUAAUAUUUCAUUUAUAUUAAAAAAGCUAAUAAUACAAUGAGUAAAAAGCUGAAAAACUUAAAAUGGGAAUCUGUAGCUAUAAGCGGGUUCCCGGUCUCAAUGACAGAUAAUUUCCAAGGUUUUGUGGCUCUUGAAGAAUGCACCAACUAUGGAAUGGAAAAAGAGAGUAAGAAUCUUAAAACCAAAAAGAAAAAAGAGAAGAAGCGCAAGCUCCCCGUUGAAGAUGAUAUGGAACCACAAGACCCUACAAAAAAAGUGAAAUUAUCGAAUGGUUUUGUUGUCGAAACUUGUAAUGAAAUAAAACCUUCAGCAACAAAUGAAAUAGAGAAAACAAAGAAAUCUAAAAAGAAAAGAAACAAAAAAUCAAAGACAAAAUCCGAAGACAAUUCGGAUCAUGUGUCAAAAGAAACACAAGAAGUGAAACAGAAUAAAAAAACAAAAAUAACAAAGUUAGAAGUUAACAAAAACAAAGAAAGGAAAAUAAAACUUGGUGAAGAUAUAACUGGUGUGGUAUCUGAACUGACACCUGAAGAUAUGCUGAUGUGGGAUGAAUACAAGUUGCCGGAGCCGAUAGUUAGGGCUCUCAUGGAGCUUGGCUUUAAGAAGCCAACUAAAAUACAGGAACUUACAUUACCUGCAGCUAUUCAUGGUCGUAGAGAUAUUCUAGGCGCUGCUGAGACUGGUAGUGGCAAGACCCUUGCCUUUGGCCUGCCAAUCCUCAGUGGCAUCAUGAAACUUAAAGAAGAAGCAGCAAGUGGUAUGGAUGUGUAUGAUAUACCAUACAAGAAGACAUCUGUUAAGAGAAAAUCAGAGACUGAAGAAGUAAAACCUGCAAGAAUCAAUAAGCAAAAGAAGAAAUCUUUGAAAAAGAAAGUUGAGAAAGAAUCUUCAGAAGAUGGUUAUGUAUCUGAUGAAGAGGAUGUAGAAAACGAUGUGAAUAAUAAAAAACCUAAAGUAAAGAACAUUAGACUAAAGAAAAAAAGUGCAGAUGAUUAUUUAGAGGAAUAUCAUGUACCAAUAAGACGCAGAGACAAUUCUGCAGAUGAAGGCAAUGACAGUGACAGUGACAACUAUGUUCAUUUGUCAGAAAUGUUGGAUUCAGAUGAUUUGGCUGAGUCUGAUUCAGAAAAAGAGAAUGAUGUUUCAAAUGACAAUUCUGAUUCUGAAAAUGAUAAUGAUGUAAGUGAAAAUAGUGAUGAUGGUGAAGUCGAAUCAGAAAAUGAUGAAACAGGUGAUGAAGCAGCUGUACAUUCUGACGAUGAAAGUGAAAAUGGAGAAAAUAUGGAUGAAGACAGUGAAGGUAGUCAAAAUGAAGAAGAUAUAGAUGAGGAUGAACAAGGCAUAGGCUGUGUGAAAGUGAUAGACGACAUAGAUAUCCCCGGGCAAGUGGUUACCAAGACCGGGAAACCCCUGUAUGCCCUCAUCCUGACGCCGACCAGAGAACUAGCUAUCCAGAUAAGCAGGCAUCUCAUUGCAGUGGCUAAAUAUAGUGGCAUAAGAAUAGCGACGAUAGUGGGUGGCAUGGCUGCCGUCAAACAAGAGAGGGUGCUACAGAAAGGACCAGAGAUAGUGGUAGCCACGCCCGGCCGGUUAUGGGAACUGUUGAGCCAAGGACAAACUCAUUUGCAACAGAUGGACUGUGUCAAGUUCUUAGCCAUAGACGAAACGGACCGUAUGAUAGAACGCGGUCAUUUUGAAGAACUCCAGCCGUUACUGGAGCGACUAAACGCCGACGACAGCCGAAGAAACACGAGGCAGAACUUCGUGUUCUCAGCUACCUUGACCAUGGUGCACGAUUUGCCGUCGCACAUGAAAGGGAAGAAGGUAACAAAGCGCGGCAAGAUACUGAACAGAAAAAUAGAAAAAAUGACGCCGCAACAGAAGAUCAAGCGUUUGGUCGACAUGGUCGGCAUUACCGACCCCAAAGUUGUCGACAUUACCACACAGAAUCUAGGCACAGCUGAAACACUAACGGAAAGCCGCAUAGCCUGUUCUAUAGAACAAAAAGAUAUUUAUUUAUACUAUAUCCUGAAGAGGCAUCCUGGAAGGACCAUAGUGUUCUGUAACUCCAUAGGCAGUGUUCGAAGAUUGGCGCAACUGUUCACGUUGCUUAAGUGUCGCCCUCUACCGCUACACGCGAGUAUGCCGCAACGACAGAGACUGAAAAACUUAGAGAGGUUCAGGGACGACCCGCACGGGGUCCUAGUAGCAACCGAUGUGGCGGCGAGGGGGUUAGAUAUACCUGAUGUGGAUCACGUCAUACAUUAUCAAGUGCCUAGGACUGCCGAAAACUAUGUUCAUCGCAGCGGCCGCACGGCUCGAGCCAGCAAAGAGGGUAUCACUAUUCUCAUGAUGGAACCCUCGGAAGCUUACCUCUAUGGCAAACUCUGCAGGACUCUCAAUAAGACGUCAGAGGUGCCAACGUUCCCAGUGCCCUCCUCAUCACUAUCACUCCUGAAAGAGACGGUGACAGUCGCGCGGGAAUUGGACGCUUUGGAGUUGAGAAAGAGACGGACGACUCAGGCUGUCGGUUGGAAAGAGAAAGCUGCCAGGGAGAUGGACAUGAUCAUCGAUGACGACGAUCUUCCAAUAAAAUCAGCCGAUCCGUCAAUAGACAUUGUACUAAAGAACAAGAGGCGAAAACUCAACGCGUUACUGUCCAGUCCACUGCUGCCGAAAUCAUUCUCAUUCAAAUAUCCAACGCUGAACGAACAGCUUCCAGUCAGCCAGGACAAUGCUUUGCAGGUAAUGAAGAAGGCGAUAGAAUCUGGGGAAUUGAAGAAGGAGAAAAGGAAAAGCAAGAAUGCACAGCUACUUAAACUACAAAAGACUUUAAGCAAAUAAAUUAUGUUAGUACACAUUGUGAUAUUA